AUGGCUUCGGCGACCAUUCCGCUUCAGGCCCACACUGAAUCUGUUGCUGUCGUAGGUUCCGGUGCUGCAGGUCUCAUUACUGCACACACCCUGAUUCAAGAUGGUUUUCGAAACGUCGUCAUUCUCUCAAGCGACAAGCAUCCCGGAGGCGUGUGGUCGCAAGAGCACAUAUAUCCCGGUAUCGUGAUCAACAAUGUCCAUGGCGAAUAUCGAUUCUCGUCCUUGCCGAUGCCACCGUCUCCCCUCCCCAGCAAGCGGGUGUCGGGAGAUGAGAUGCGAGCUUACAUGGAGCAUUUUGCCGAGACUUUCUUGACCGGGCGAAUUCGCUAUGGUGUUGACGUUAGUCGGAUCAGACGUAAAAGCCCGGCUGGAGGCUGGUCGCUCGACAUCGUAAACAAGCAGGAGAACACAAAGGAAACUCGCGACUUUGCCUGGCUCGUCCUUUGCACAGGCGGCUGUAGCAAACCGUACAUACCAGAAUCACUCUCAUUUGAGGCUGCGAUUGAAGCCGGUUUCACCGGGCAUGUGUUUCAUUCAUCUCGGUUUGCCCAACACACAAAAAUGGUUGAAGAACUGGCUAGACGAGCCAAUUACGACUAUCGUGUAGUCAUCGCUGGAGGGGGAAAGUCAGCUCAAGAUCUGGCUGCCUACCUAGCCCAAAAGGGGAUUGACACGACAGUUGUGUUCGAGACGACGGAUGCUAUAGUGGCAGUCCCCGUUGCCCUUCCCGACUUCAUCAGAAAGAGCAGAGUUCUAAGCAUCAUGGCAUCUCACAUCGAGUUGAGGACCAGGCUUGAACAGUUCCUGCACACCACAUGGCUUGGAAGCAAGAUUGUGAAAGGCUUUUGGAACUUUCUCUCAUGGUCAUCAUACAAGGCACUUUCAGUACCACAAAAUUCUCCAAUGAGACGGGCCCAGCCGCUCUUCUGGAGCAUCCGCGCCAACGACGAAGGCGCACCUCGGAGCGACAGCUUCUUCUCUCUUGUUAGCGCAGGUAAAAUUAAGCUUGAGUCACCAGCCCGUGUAGCAAGCUUCGGAGAGGGACACUCUGUCCACCUUGAUAACGGUCAGUUCCUCAAAGCGGAUGUGCUCGUGUUGGCCACUGGGUUUGAGUCUUCGUGGGGCACUCUAUUCGAUGAUGAGACAGCGGAAAGCCUUGGCAUUAACAGACAUGCGCCUUCAGGUCCUGACAUGGACGAAUGGCAUUACAUGUCUCUUAACUCUCCCCCUCCGCCCUGUCCUCAACAGGAGAACUGGGCUUCGUCAAUCUAUCGCGGCAUUGUUCCUGCCAAGAAUCUACAAAAUCGAGAUUUUGCUAUCAACGGCGCUGUGUUUACAACGAAUCCCGGAUACGCGUACGAAGUGACAGCUAACUGGAUCUCGUCCUACUUCCUCGGUGAUACGAUGCGUCUUCCGUCCUCUUCCGAGGAAGCGCUCGUGCAUACUGAGCGCAAUGCCGCUUGGCUGCGAAAGCGUUAUCCCGGUGCUCUUGCUUGGAUCAACGAGAGUUAUAGUAGUAGCCUCGCUUUCUGGUCUUGGCCACAAAUGACGGAUGAGCUUUUAGAGGACAUGGGUGUCACAAGCAUGAGAAGUGGAGGUAACUGGUUUACAUGGCCGUUCCGUGUCAUCAGCGUCGAUGAGCUGAAAAUUUUGAGGGACGAGCGUCGCGCAAUCCGCGAGAAAAGUCAAAAGUAGUGAGAUUCUUAACCUUCACAUCCAAAUCCAAUAUCACGUUCACG